UGGUCGCUGAGGGGGCGCCGCGGCGCGCGGGCGGUUGGGCCAGCCCGGGCUUCCUGCGGACAAGGUUGUGCUCGGCGUCCUCGGAUGCUGCGGGGGGAAGGAAGUCAUGGCCGGGACCCCCGCAGCGAGCCACCACAGGAAGCAAAGCGACGGCCCGGCGCCUCUCCCUGGUCUGUCGCGGGCCCUCGAGAACCCCCCGAGUAAGCGGGCCCGGGGCUUCUCUGAGACCGCGGACCCUGACCCCGAAGACCCCUUCGGCGCGCACGCGGACUUUACUGCGGACGACCUGGAGGAACUCGACAUCCUCGCGUCACAGGCCCUGAGCCAGUGUCCGGCCGCCCCUCAGGACCUGUCCAGUGCUCAUAAGAUCCGCCGAUUAGAUGGGUUAUCAAAUAGUUCUAUAAGGAAAAACAGAGAAAAUUCUCCAGUUAAAGAUAAUUUUGAAUUAGAACUACUUCAGAUACAAUACAAAGAACUUAAAGAAAAGCUGAAAGCAAUGGAAGAAGAAGUCCUAAUUAAGAAUGGAGAAAUUAAAAUUUUGCGUGACUCACUGCAUCAGACAGAAUCCGUUCUAGAAGAACAGAGGAGAUCACAUUUCCUUCUUGAGCAAGAGAAGACUCAAGCACUCAGUGAAAAAGAAAAGGAGUUCUCCAAAAAGCUCCAGUCACUGCAGUCAGAACUCCAGUUUAAAGAUGCAGAAAUGAAUGAAUUAAGGACAAAGCUUCAGAGCAAUGAACGAACAAAUAAACUAGCUGCUCUCUCUUCUUCCCACGUCAGUCCUAGGAAAGGUUCUUCUGUGGCCAUAAAGUCAGAAGUAUGUUCUCCACAGACUGGAAAAACAACUUUCCCUACAAAGGAGUCCUUUAGUGCUAAUAUGCCACUCUCCCACCCCUGCCAGACUGAGGUUUCAGAGAAUAAAACCCACAGUCUGAGAGGUAACCCCAUGAAGCAAGAAGUGCAGGAGAAAAUUCUUACCGACAGCUGGUUGCAGAGAUCAAACACUCAAGGUUCUAUUUUGAUAAACUUGCUCCUGAAGCAACCUUUAGUCCCAGGGUCAUCGCUAGGUCUUUGUCACCUUCUGAGCAGUUGUUCUGAGGUUCCUUCUGGCACCCUCUUGCAGCAGCCGGGGCUCAGUAACUUGGCUGGGAUUUCAGGCCUCAGAACUGUCAGUUCUCAGGAUGGGUCAUUUUCCCCCUCUGCCCUGAAAGAAGCACAGACUUUAGCAUUCACUGGAUUAAAUCUGGUUGCCAGGAGUGAGUGCCCACAUGAUGGAGACCUACCAAAGGGAAGCAGAAGAGCCUUCCCGCUCUGCCAGCUUCCUGGAGCUGUGCACCUCCUCCCACUUGUGCAGUUUUUCAUCGGCUUACACUGCCAGGCUCUGCAAGACUUAGCCCCAGCUAAGAAGAGUGGGGCAUCUGGGGACUCUCCGACACAUCCCUCCUGUGUGAGCUCUGGGGUAGAGGCCAGCCCAGAGGACUCCAUUUAUAGCCUGGAGAGCUUCUCUGUGGCUUCGCUUAGCAUCCUUCAGCACCUGGUAUGCCACAGUGAGGCAGUCGUCUGUUUGUUACUGUCAGGCAUGGAGACAGAUGAUGCUGCCAGGGAAGGAAACCUACUUCAACCUUGUGCAGAUACGAUCUCAGCCUCCAGGAGGGAUGCUCAUGACCAAAAACAGCAUCCACUAUUGAAGAUGCUUCUUCAGCUGGUGGCUUUCUCUUCUGCAACAUCAGGUCAUUUUCAAGCCAGUGUCCUGAGCCAGUGCCUCAAAGUUUUGGUGAAAUUAGCUGAAAAUGCUUCCUCUGAUUUCUUGCCCAGGUUCUCCUGUGUACUGCCAAUGUUGCCACAGUGCCUGAGCUCAGAGCUGCCACUGCCUUGUGUGCUACUGGCUGUUAAGUUGCUCUCCGUUCUGGUGGACCAUGACAGCCUCACACAGCAUCUGUGCUCCCACUCAGAAGGCUGCCUUCUCCCGAGGCUGUACAUGUACAUUACAUCAAGGCCUGACAAAGUGGCCUCAGAGACACAGUGGCUUCAGCUGGAACAAGAGGUAGUAUGGCUCCUGGCCAAGCUGAGUGUGCAGAGCCCUUCCCCCCGUGGCAUUGGUUCUGACUGCCAGUGUAACAUAGAGGCAGUCAGAGCGCUCACUGUGAUGUUACACAGACAAUGGCUGACUGUGCGGCGGGCAGGGGGUCAGAGGACCCACCAGCAGAAGCAGACAGUGCGCUGUCUGAGGGACACUGUGCUGCUGCUGCACAGCCUAUCUCAGAAGGACAAGCUCUUCACUGUGCAUUGUGUUGAGGUCCUGCAUCAGUACGACCAGGUGAUGCCAGGAGUCAGCAUGCUGAUUCGAGCCCUUCCUGAUGUGACCGACUGUGAAGAGGCAGCCCUGGAUGACCUCUGUGCUUCGGAGACAGAUUUGGAAGACUCUGAAAUGGACUGUAGCUGAGGGCCGGAACAUCCCGCCACAAGGUGGCACCAGCUCCCAAUGCUGUCUGCCAUUUCUACUGAUUAAAACUGCAGCUCCUGCUGAGAACACGA